AUGGAGACAGAGGUUCUCCCCAGGGCUUCCCCAGAGGCCAAACUGGAGGCCUCAGUUGCCUCUGGACCCCUGGAAUUUGUUGAGCCAGCUGUAACAUUCUCAUCCUCUCCACCCUUCAUAAUAGCCAUAUCACCCUCAACUCAGUCCGCUGCCCAGCUAGUAACGGAGUCUGCUGCCCAGCUGGUGACUGAGUCUUCAGUCCGGUCAGCCUCUCACCUUCGUCCUCAGUUGGAGGUCGAUAUGCCUGCUGGACCACCUCUGCCAUCAUUUCACCCGUCUGUCCCUGCAUCGCUGUCCAGUCCACCGGGAGCAGCUGCCGCACCAUCAUCACCUUCUCCCUCUGCAGCUACUUCUCCACCAGAGUCCCAUCAGACUGCAGCGACCGCAGCACUCUCGGCUUCGCCAUCUGCAUCACCUACUCUACCUUCACCUUCCCCACCUGCAGACAACGCAUCACCAUCUUCACCUCCAGAUCGACCGUCAGUAGCUGUAGCGCAGCCGGAGGUGCUCAGGGUGCUCGGAGAGCGGGAGGAGCCCGCACCGCCAGCUGUGGAGCCCUGCGAGCCGGAGCAGGAGCCCGGCGAGCCGGAGAAGCGGCUCAGCGUGGCGGAGCAGGAGCCCAGCGAGCGGGAGGAGCUCGAUCUGCCCGAGCCGGAGCUCAGCGAGCGGGAGCCGGAGCUCAGCGAGCGGGAGCCGGAGCUCAGCGAGCGGGAGCCGGAGCUCAGCGAGCGGGAGCCGGAGCUCAGCGAGCGGGAGCCGGAGCUCAGCGAGCGGCAGCCGAAGCUCAGCGAGCGGGAGCCGGAGCUCGCUCUGCCCGAGCCGGAGCUCAGCGGGCGGGAGCAGCUCAGCGAGCCGGAGCAGCUUAGCGAACCACCAGCAGAGGAGCUCGGCGAGCGGAAGGAACAACCGGCGCUGCCAGCCGAGGAGGAGCUCGGCGAGCCGGUGGAGCUCUCGCUGUCAGCCGCCGAGGUGGAGCUCUCGCUGUCAGCAGCCGAGGUGGAGCUCUCGCUGCCAGCAGCCGAGGAGGAGCUCUCGCUGCCAGCAGCCGAGGAGGAGCUCUCGCUGCCAGCAGCCGAGGAGGAGCUCUCGCUGCCAGCAGCCGAGGAGGAGCUCUCGCUGCCAGCAGCCGAGGAGGAGCUCUCGCUGCCAGCAGAGGAGCUCAGCGAGCCUGGUGAGCCCGCGCUGCCACCGGAGGAGCUUGGAGGUCCGGAGGGAUCCGCUGAGCCAGAGCUGGAGGUCUGCAUGCCGGAGGGGCCGCCACGUCCUGCAGCCCGGCCGCCACGUCCUGCAGCCCGGCCGCCACGUCCUGCAGCCCGGCCGCCACGUCCUGCAGCCCGGCCGCCACGUCCUGCAGCCCGGCCGCCACGUCCUGCAGCCCGGCCGCCACGUCCUGCAGCCCGGCCGCCACGUCCUGCAGCCCGGCCGCCACGUCCUGCAGCCCGGCCGCCACGUCCUGCAGCCCGGCCGCUACGCCCUGCAGCCCGGCCGCUACAUCGGGAAUCGUGGGUGGUGCUGAGGCGGGAGCAGCAACGCCGCCGCCACCGGACCCGUGGCCGCCCGCCGGAGCAGCAACGCCGCCGCCACCGGACCCGUGGCCGCCCGCCGGAGCAGCAACGCCACCGGACCCGUGGCCGCCCGCCGGAGCAGCAACGCCGCCGCCACCGGACCCGUGGCAGGCCGCCGGAGGAGCAGCGCCGCCGCUACUGGGCCCGGAGCUCGCCACCGGAGGGGCAGCAGUGCCGCCGCCACUGGAGCAGUGGCAGGCCCCCAGAACCGUUUUUCUGCUGUUGCCGGACCCGUGGCCGUCCGCCGGAGCUGCAAUGUCGCCACCAUUGGACUCGAGUCUGUGUCCCACUCAUAUGUUCAGGCGAGGUAUGGGUGUGUAUGUCUGCGGGUGUGCCUGGAGGAUGGAGCUCGGCCACCUGCAGGCCUGAGGGGUGUGGCCCUGCGGAGGGACUGGCCACACCCGAAGCCACACACCUGCCGCUGAUCAGGGCUCGUCGGGGGAGCUACUUAGGAGAGUCUUGGAGCUCCCACCGACGCGGGAUCAUUGAGUUAUCUUACCAAGUCAGUGUGUGUUAGCGUAGGUCUGUGCUGUGCGUAUAUGCCCGCCGAGGGUUAGUGUUGACGGCUGUGUCUCUGGUUUCCCUACAGGAGGAGGAGUGUCUGGAGAGGCAGCACGCACAGGGGUGCGGAAACACAACAGCGGGGAGCACGAGCACAGAUAUCGGAGGGAAGCACGCACACGGGGUUCGAGGGAGCAACGGGGAGUUAUUGUAUUUACAGCCUUUUCACUGUAAAUAAAGAGCACUGUUUGCAUCGCAGAGUCUGCGUUUUGGGUCCUCCUUUCCCCACAUCCCCACGGUCU